AUGGUAUACGAUUCGCUGACUAAGGCUCCUCGCAACCUGAAGGAAGGCCUUGAUUGGUUGAUGGCCCUGAAGGGAACUGGCGCUGAAAACAACUUGGCGGCCGUGGGUGCUGCGGUUUACAAAUUCCUCGCAGACAAGCCUGUUGCCUGGCAGCAGUUGUCAGCUUUAAAGCAAAUGAAAUACAUUUCUAAAAAGUUUGUGCAGCAAGAGGAGCUUAAGGAUCUGUGGCCCGCGAAUGAGCUGCUGCAACGAUUCGAGCCACCCGUGAAUCCAAACCUCGACGAGGAAGUGAAUAUCUCCAGAGAUGUCUACGAAAGCGAUUAUAAGCGAGUCAUAGAGGCCAGGGGCGUCACUGCUGAAACCAUGGCAAAUAACUUAGAUAAGAUCGUGCGUGGUACCGAGAAGUUCCUGAAAGAUAUACAAAUACCGAACCGGUACAAGUCUGCUUACAGUUCGAAAGCAACGUGGGAUACCUCAUGCGCGAAGGACCCGGAAGCCUGUGCAGCGGUUUUCGUGGGGAGCACGUCUAUGUUAUACGCCGGCGUACUAUUCUUAUUGGACGCGAGCAGGUCCGCAGCAGCUACAUGGGCGGAUGAGGAUGCAGAAAUGCGUUUCAGAGAUGUAUUGAAAGCCGUUGGUUACAAUCAGUCGGUAUGCCGCGAUGGUAUAAGUGGUUCGGACACACUUGAGGCGUUGGGAAGUAUGAAUACAGAUGUAUUGGAUAUAUUCUGCGACUUCGCCACAUUUUGGACAACUUAUGGAGCGCGGGCUGCAGAAUCUGGAGAAUUUGGAGAUGUGAACUCUGAAGAGCCCGUUGAAGAAGAACCACUUGAAGAAGUUGAAGAACCUAUUCACGCGGAAGAAGUGGUAGAAGUCGCAAAAGCUGUCAAUCUUGGAAGUGUACAAUAUGAGGAGCCUGUGAGAGUUUCAGGACUUAGAGGUGUGAAAUGCGAAGGGCCUGUGAAAGCUGUAGAUCCUGUGGAACAACCUGCGGCACCCGUGAAACCCGUAAAACUUUCGAAACCCAUGAAAACCGCAGACGCUGUAGAUGCUCUCAAUUACUGCACUGGCAAGCAUGGAUCCCAUCUGGUGGCAGGGCGUCACAGCGGCGUAGACAUGGGUCUGUUACAUGCCUGGAAUGCCAAGAAAUCGAAUAAGCCUCCGAAAAUAUUUACUGGUGUCGGUUCGAACAACUUCCAUGUUCCAGGAGCGCCUGCAGUGGCGAAUUUGGACUACGGUAGCCCAAUUUAA